AUGGAAGUGGGAUUUUGUUCCAUUGUCCUCACCUUGAAGGCACUUAGAGGACUCGGUACUAGCUUUGCUGGAAUGCUUAUUUUCUUCGGAUACUCCCUUGACGGAUGUGUUCUUGAAGAAACAGAGCUCAUGUAUCAUUACAAGGACAAUGCCAAACCUAGCCGUGCCAGUUUGUGGUAUAACAAAAUCAGAGGACCUACUAUCAGUCACUGUAUUUGUUAG